CUGCCCCAGCCCCAUGGAAGUCUGUCUAUUCCCCUCCCUCCCUCUCCUCCUUUUACUUUCUCUAUCUACAUUUUCUCUCUCCACCACCACCGCCGAUGACACCGCCGCUCUCUCUCUCUUCCGCUCCCAAACAGACCUCCACGGCACCCUCCUCUCAAACUGGACACUCCCCACCGAAGCCACCGCCUGCUCCGCCGGAUGGCAAGGCGUAAAGUGCAUCAACGGCCGCGUCACCGCCCUCUCCCUCCCCUCCCUCGACCUUCGCGGCCCGUUAUUCUCUCUCUCCUCUCUUGACCAGCUACGCGUCAUUGACCUCCGCAACAACCGCCUCAACGGCACUAUCAUCCCCAUUACCAACUGCUCCAACCUCAAGCUUGUUUAUCUCUCCGGCAACGACUUCUCCGGAGAAAUCCCACCGGGAAUAGCCUCACUCAGCCGACUUCUCCGACUAGACCUCUCCAACAACAAUCUGAGAGGACCCAUCCCGCCUGAAUUAUCUAAACUCACUCGUCUGCUCACUAUUCGCCUCCAAAACAAUGAGCUCUCAGGCCCAAUUCCCAAAUCUCUUGAUUCUCUUCCACAACUUAAAGAAUUGAACUUAUCAAACAACGAGCUGUAUGGGCAAUUGCAACAGAAUUUAUUGAGAAAGUUCGGUGACCGGAGCUUUUCCGGCAAUGAAGGCCUUUGUGGGUCGAGUCCAUUGUCGGCUUGCUCCUUCACCGGCACCCCUCCGGCGGUCGCUUCAGCCCAAACAGUUCCAUCCAAUCCAAGUUCAUUGCCUUCCACCACAAAUCCAGAGAUCAAGAAACAACCAAAAAAAGGACUAAGUCCUGGUGCCAUAGUGGCAAUUGUGAUUGCAAAUUCAGUAGUUGUAUUAGUAAUAGCAUCAUUUGUGGUUGCAUAUUACUGUGGCAGGUACUCCAGAGACUCGAAUUCAAGAUCUGGAAGUGAGAGUGGGAAGAGGAGGAGUAGUUAUUCGAGCGAAAAGAAAGUUUAUGCGAAUAAUGUGGGUGGAGACAGUGAUGGAACAACAACCACGGAUCGGAGUAGGCUCGUGUUUUUCGAUCGGAGAAAGCAAUUUGAGCUUGAGGAUUUGCUCCGGGCGUCGGCCGAGAUGCUCGGAAAAGGGAGUUUGGGGACUGUGUAUAAGGCAGUGCUUGAUGAUGGGUGUACAAUGGCGGUGAAGAGGCUGAAAGAUGCUAACCCUUGUGCUAGGAAGGAGUUUGAACAGUAUAUGGAUGUGAUUGGGAAGCUUAAGCACCCCAACAUUGUCAGACUCAGAGCUUACUAUUAUGCUAAAGAAGAAAAGCUUCUUGUGUAUGAUUAUCUCCCCAAUGGUAGCCUGCAUUCGCUUCUUCAUGGAAAUCGAGGUCCGGGAAGAAUUCCAUUGGAUUGGACUACAAGGAUUAGCUUGGUGUUAGGGGCUGCUCGGGGGCUUGCUCAGAUUCAUGAAGAGUAUGCAGCUUCGAGAAUUCCCCAUGGGAACAUGAAAUCAUCGAAUGUACUUCUUGAUAAAAAUGGUGUUGCUUGUAUAUCUGAUUUUGGGUUGUCACUGCUUUUGAAUCCUGUUCAUGCCAUAGCUAAAUUGGGUGGAUACAGAGCACCAGAGCAAGCAGAAAUGAAGAGGCUAUCCCAAAAGUCCGAUGUUUAUAGUUUUGGGGUUUUGUUAUUGGAAGUGCUUACUGGUAGAUCUCCAUCACAGUAUCCUUCUCCAACUCGACUUCGGGUUGAGGAAGAAGAACAGACAGUGGAUUUGCCUAAAUGGGUCCGAUCAGUGGUGAGAGAUGAGUGGACAGCUGAAGUGUUUGAUCAAGAACUGUUGAGGUACAAGAACAUUGAGGAGGAACUUGUGUCGAUGCUUCAUGUGGCAAUGGCAUGUGUUGUGCCACAGCCCGAAAACAGGCCAACAAUGGCUGAAGUGGUUAAGAUGAUAGAGGAGAUCAGGGUGGAGCAAUCUCCAUUAGGGGAAGAUUACGACGAAUCGCGCAAUUCUCUCUCCCCCUCACUUGCCACCACUGAAGAUGCCUAGCAGCCUAAGCUGUUACCGGCCCGUUUGGCACCGGUUUUCUAUGACCAUCUUCUCCAUUUGCACUACCUUAUUGCAAAUGUGUUGCUGUUGCAAAUUCUAUUCUCAGAAGCUAUUGAUUCUCUUAUGUUUUUUCCUUUUGUUAUAUUCUAUGUUUAUGGGUUAUUUUUAGUUGUUGCAAGCAGUAAGAUCGGAUGAUCUGAUCUACUAGCCAGCAAAGAUAGUUUGUUUUAAUUAGUACCUAUUUUGUAAUGUACUUUGGUAUUUGAAUUAAUUGAGUAAUUUGCAAAAUAAACAUUGUUUUGUAUGGUAAGUUCGAGCAGCUUUCUAG